CUUGAAUCCCUCCACGAUAAUGUCUGCUCUGACUGGAACAACGCAUGCGCUUUCUCUCCCCGAAAUCCUGAAUCUUGUACUUGGAUGGAUCUAUGCAGACGACAUGUAUCAUGCAACAGUCAGACGCCACGGCGCUGAUGCUGCCGACUGGUUCAGUGUUCCUCUCGCGCCGGAUUCGACUGAUGAAGAGGACGAGGAGGACUGGGAGAUUCUCUACUUCAGCAAUGCUCACGUGCUUGUCCGCUGUGCGCUCGUCAACCACGCCUGGUUCUACGAGGCCGUCCCUUACUUGUGGAGGGACCCCUGCACGUACAUGUCCGACUCAUUACACUCCCACUUCAGCGGGAUUUCCUCUCUAGAGAGAAAACAGUUCUAUGCGAAUUUUGUGCGCGUCGGGAAGGAGACUACCUCUGAUGGAGCCGGAAAGAGUCGACUCAAUGCACAGGAACUGUUGCUGGAGGGUCCGGACUUUCCUCGUCUCGAGGAGAUGUCCAUCUACCUCGACGGUUCUGGGGCUUGGAUACCACCCAUCCGCGGUGAUAAUGUGCGGGUGUUGACGCUGGAUCCCUCCUUCGACGUGAAUCCUGAUACGUAUCGCGUGAGCCGGGCGGACAUGGAUGGAAUUCUAGAUAUUUUGCCCAUCUUCUUCCCAAAUGCUCAAACAGUCGAAUUCUUGGAUUCGUGUUUGGCGUUCCCUGGCGCACUCGAACGCUUCCAAGCGCGCAUGCCUAGGUUGGAGACCUUUGACCACACUCUAGACCGCAUCACACGCGUGCCAUCCCCUGCCCCACCGACCCUUCCACCACCACCGCUCUCAUAUGAUGAACAUCGUUCUAACCAAACUCCUCUCGUUAUCGACAACGGGUCUACGUAUCUGCGGUACGGCUUCGCCACCUCAGAGAAUCCACGGUCCGGUUUGAACGUGGUCGCGAAGUACAAGGAGCGGCGGACCAACAAGCCUCUUCUUUUGUUUGGUGACGGGGUAGAGGUGGAAGGUGGCGCGAAGAUCCAGGCGCGGACGCCAUGGGAGGGGGAUGUGCUACUCAAUUCCGAAGCGCUAGAAAACGCGCUGGACUACGCGUUCGUGCAGCUGAGUAUCGAUGCGGAGACGGUGGAACACCCGAUGAUCAUGACGGAGCGGUUGUGUUCGCCAAUGCAUUCUCGUGCUAUCACAUCAGAGCUGCUUUUCGAGCAGUACGGCGUUCCCUCAGUGGCAUACUGUGUCGACUCGAUCAUGUCAUUCUACCAAAAUAACGGGCCCUCUGCAGAUGGUCUCGUGCUUUCGUUCAACACCGCGUCGACAUCCGUGAUCCCUAUUCUCUCGGGCAAGGGGAUCCUCAGCCACGCGAAGCGUAUACCGUGGGGCGCGUCCCAGUCCGCUGACUACCUCCUGAAGCUGGUCCAGCUCAAGUACCCGAACUUCCCCACACGAGUCACCCCACCCCAGUCUCAAUGGAUGCUGCAAAAUAUGUGCGAGUUUGCGCCGGACUACCUGUCGCUGCUGCGGUCGUUCAAAUAUUGUGAUGUUUUACGAGCGCAUGAUCGGAUCGUCCAGUUCCCCUUCGCACAGCUUGUGCAAGAGGAAAAGUCGCCCGAAGAGCUUGAGCGGGCUGCUGAGCGCCGGAGAGAGCAGGGCCGGAAACUCCAGGAGAUGGCUGCGAAAAUGCGUACGGAGAAACUCGAGCAGAAGGAAACAGAUUUGCAGUUUCUGCAUACUUUGCGCGACGGAAAGGAUGGGGAAUCCAAGAGAGAUUGGAUGGCAAGUUGCCUUCGUCUUCCUUGCCCCUGUCCCACUAUCAAGAAACUAGAGUCAGAUUUGAAGAAAGCUCGGAGGAAGGAUGCGGUGGAGGAUGACGAGGAACCGAAUUUCCCGCUUGUGGAUGUUCCUGACGCUGAGCUGGAUGAGGAAGGUCUGAGAGAAAAGAAGAAGCAAAAACUGAUGAAGGCGGGUUUCGAGGCCCGUGCCAGAGCGCGGAAGGAGAAAGAACGAGAGCGAGCGGAACAGGAAGAAGCCGAGCGACGAGAGGAGCAGGAGAGAGAACAAGAUCUGGGUGGCUGGAUUCGCAAAAUGCGUCAGGAGCAGGAGGCACUUAUGGCGCGCAUCAAAGAACGUAACCGUCGAAAAGCAGCUCUCAGUGACCGGAAGAGUGCUGCAGCUCAAGCGAGGAUGAAAAACAUCGCCAGCCUUGCAGCAGAUGAGCGCGCACCAAAGAAAAAACGCAAGGGCGGGGGCGAGGAUAACUUCGGAGCGAAUGAUGCAGAUUGGGCUAUCUAUCGGAAGAUCAAUAUAGCGGCGCCUUCAGAUGACGAGGAAGAGGACCUCAAUCAACUGCAGACCAUUGAGGGCAAGCUUCUAUCCUACGAUCCGACCUUCACAAUCCUGGAAACCCACGCAUCCUUGGUGUUGAAGCGGUCUGAACUGCUCACGACGCUGCGCCCUGUGUACGACGAAAACGACAUUGAAGGCUCAUACCGAGUUCAUCUGAACACCGAGCGAUGGCGGGUGUGUGAAACGUAUUUCGCUCCGGGAAUGGCAGGCGUCGACUCUGCCGGACUAGGAGAAGUCAUACAGAACGUUUUGGCCCGGUUUACCAGCUCCGAAAAAGAAAAACUAGUGCAGAACGUCUUCCUCACUGGUGCCCCGACUCAGUUUCCCGGUCUAAGCGAACGGCUGCAGCUGACGAUGCGGCCGAUACUUGCACCGGAAAUGCAAAUCAAUAUCUGCAAGGCUGAAGAUGUCAGUGCCGACGCGUGGCGCGGGAUGGCGCGAUUCGCGAAAUCAGACGAGUUUGCCGGUGUCGGUGUCACGAGGGCGGAAUAUGACGACUUUCUUGCUUUGUUGUAUGCUAUCUGCGUCUGUUCUCUGGAUGACCUGAGAAUGCGCCUCAAGAAAUUCAAAGACCUGCUCACAGGUGGUGGAAACAGGAACAAUACUCCAGCGCGGGGUAGUGCACUGGUCCUCCGUGUCCUUCAACGCGAACAGCCUGAAAUCUGCAGGCUCGUUCUAGCCGACCUCCGUGAGGACUGGAUCCUCGAACCCUUCCCCUCUGCGUCGACUUUUGUUGGCUCGCUUGCCCACCAGGCCCUCGUGCAGCUGUCGCUUUAUUUCCAAAACACGCCGAGCACUACAAUUGAUACGUACAGCCGACUCUCUGAUGAGCGCCCCGAUAAGCGGCGCCUUCUUUGCUGUCAACUCGUGAAAGAGGCGCCUGCCGUCCUCGCGGCGCUUAGCAGCAAAUUGGACUUGCUCGGUGUAGGUAAACAUGGCGCCACGGCUGGAAUAGAGGACCUUCCGGUCAAAAAGAUGAGUCAGAAAGAGUUGAAAUUGUCACGAAAGCGCCAGCUAGUGCGUGAGAUCCCGCUGGACCCUGCUCCGUUCGCUCGCUUGGAGCUGGAUGUCCCCGUGACAGCCGUGGAGAUGGAAGCCGCUGUGGAUCUCGUGCUGGAUAUGCAGAAGGGGAUCCUGCAGGACUACCUAGAGGCGUUGCGGUGCCCUGAGCUUAGAAGAUCGAUCGAAGACACGUGUCUUCCUUCGAAUUCGUUUGUUGUUCAAGAACACGAUGCGGCUACAUUCAUGAAAGAUUCCGAUGUGGACUGUGUGGAGGCGCUGGUCACUGCAUCCAAUGACGAAAAGCAGGACUAUCUGGAGCACCAUGUCAGCAUCAACACCCUCUACGCGGACAACGCCGCUGGUUUUGGUGAAUGGAUGAUCAAUCUCUCCCCUCGUGCGAAACGCGACUUGCGAGAUCUUAAUCGCCGCGACCGCAAGAUCUUCAAGAUCGUCGUCAAGAAGAUCAAGGAGCUCUCGAAUGGGCGUUUCUCGUCCGACAAUCAGAAGCGGUUGAACGGACAACAGACUGAUGUUCCUGUCUAUGAGGCCAAGAUGACAGGAGAUUGGCGAUUGGUGUAUCAUAUCGACUGUAUCCCUGCCAUCAAUUCCGAGUCCGAACAACAAGCCAUCAAGAUCUUUGGUGUCUACACCCAUGCUCAGAUUGGGCGCGUCUCUUUUUGGGAUUCCAUGGGCCGGGAACUGGGAAAGAAAGGGAAAGAGUACAGGGAGAGAUGUGCGUUCCGCAAAGCGCCUCAUAAUCCCGGCGACUACGUUUUCUCGCCCGGUAUCUUUCCUGCGCCGGAGGAGUCGCGUGCGCUGCCUUCAGGAAAUGUCCCCGAUCUUCCGCCGGAUGAUUUGGAAAAUAUACAGGCGCUGUUGAUGUUUGUGGCCGCUCUCGAGCAUCCUCGCUUGAUCUUGACAUCUUACAGCAAAUCCGUGUCUUUCUCCAAAGCGAUGCUCAAGGCCAUCAUUGCCGACCUGGAUAUCGCGUUUGUGCUGCAAGUCUCACCGACUGAGAAGGCCAUCAUCGAGCAUCCUGAUUCCUGUUACGUGAUCGGUCGAAGUGGCACUGGAAAAACGACCACAAUGCUAUACAAGAUGCUACUCAUCGAGGCAGACUACGAACUCGCGAAGGGAACAGAGCAUGAAGUCAGAAAACGUCGGCAGCUCUUCGUUACGCAGUCGCGUGUCCUUGCUGGGAAAGUGGAGGAACACUUCGGCAGACUGUUUGCAGGGUAUCGACCAAUGAAAGUUGCACAGCCCGCCCAAGACCAGGAUGGGAAUGGCCAGGAGGCACUACUCGACGCCGACGAUGUAGUCGAUUGGAGGAGCGAUCUCCCACAGCGAUACAGCGAGCUUCGAGACGAGCAUUUCCCACUGUUCCUGACCUUUGACCGAGCGAGCGCUGGGCAAGUCUUUGAUGCCUUCGACUCUGCAGUUGGGGUUGAUGAUUCUCGGGCUGAUCCUCCCUCAGAUCCAGCGAUGGUGUUCAGCGAGUUCAUAGGUGUCAUCAUGGGAUCGGAGGACACAUUGGACUCAAGGAACGUUGCCACGUAUCUAGACAGGAAGACGUAUCUAGGGCUCAGCGAGCGCACACAGUCCACAUUCGCUACUCAGCGCGCGGAGGUUUAUGGGCUGUUUGAAGCGUACUUGGCUCGCAAACGGGCUCUACAGGAUCAUGAUGCUGCUGAUCGGACGCAUGCGCUUUUGAGACAUCUUCAGACACAUCGUCAGAAACAAGGAGUUCCCGAGCUGAUCAAGCUGGACUAUCUAUAUGUCGACGAAACUCAGGACAACUUGCUCAUCGACUCUCUAUUGCUACGAUCCAUCUGCCACAAUCCGAAUGGUCUGUUCUGGGCUGGGGACACAGCUCAGACAAUUUCCGUUGGGAGCUCGUUUCGAUUCGAUGACCUCAAAGCCUUCUUGUAUCGUGUUGAGGAGAAACACACACUCUCACACAAGGGUUCUGCGGCACACGUCUAUCAAGCUCGGCCUCCCAAGUCAUUCCAGCUGACUGUUAACUAUCGCUCGCACGCGGGGAUCGUCAACUGCGCGAAUACUGUCAUCUCGCUGUUGACAUCGCUAUGGCCGUACUCCAUCGAUGUCCUGGACAGAGAGCGAGGGACGGUGAACGGCUCGCGGCCUGUGUUUUUCACUGGAUUUGAUUCAGGGAAUGUGGAAUACGAGCAGUUUCUGUUCGGAGAUCGGGAUGGAAGCUAUAUCGAGUUCGGUGCCCACCAGUGCAUUCUUGUCCGAAAUGAUGCCGCCCGAGAUAAGCUGAGGGAGCAGGUCGGCGAUAUUGGACUGAUCAUGACUUUGUAUGAAAGCAAAGGUCUCGAAUUCAACGAUGUACUGUUGUACAACUUCUUUGAAGACUCCACCGUGGCCGGAGCCCAAUGGCGCGUGGUGCUGAACGAAGUGGAUGAUCCGAAGCAGCGGCUUACUGUGCCCACUUUUGACCCUAUGCGACACGCGAGCGUGUGCAUGGAGCUCAAGUUUCUGUAUGUCGCGAUUACCCGAGCGAGGAACAACCUCUGGAUUGCCGAUGCCACUUCGAAAGGAGAGCCCAUGCGGGUUUGUGGUCGUUUGCACCGUCCCGCUCAGACACUCACUUCGCUGAAGAUCCUAUGGACAAGCAGAGACCAAAUCCAAAACUGUACACCUGGGUCCGACACACCGAAAUUGGCGUCAAACUCGACCGAUGUUGAAUGGAGACAGCAGGGCCGGAAACUGUUUGCGAACAAGAACUACUAUCAGGCCAAGCAAUGUUUCGAACGUGGAAUGGAGCCGAGGUUGGCAGCGAUGGCUGAGGCUUACUACCUGCGGCAAGAGGCCCGCAAGGUCCCCGACACCAACAAACGCCGAGACAUGGACACACGCAAGAUUGCGUUCAUCAAAGCCGCUGAAGCGUUCCUUCGGUGUGCUCGAGUCGAGCCGGACCCCAGCGCCCAGGCUUACUUGCGUAUUGCAGCGGAAUGCUAUGAGCUUGCGGGGGACGAGUUGACUGCGGCGCUGAUUUAUCGGGAUGCGCGGGAGUUCACGCGCUCGACUGAGCUGUAUCGGAAGCUGGCCAAAUUCGAUGAGGCGGUGGACAAUAUCUUGAAACACGGGGAUGCGAUCAAGCCUGAGGUGGUGGAGAAGGUGACAAAUGUCGCGAGACUGUUCUAUUUCAAUGGACACCAACUGGAGAAAGCGAGUCGACUGUUCUCUUCCACUGACGAGGCACUGGAGUAUCUGGAUGACCGAGGGCUCGAUAUGCCUCGCGCACAACUGCUGGAGUCGCUGGGCCAAUAUACUGCCGCUGCAGAGAUCCACCUGGAAGAGGGCCGGACGCUGGAUGCCAUCAAGCUCUUCCUUCGAGAGGAUGUUCGCCGGGGCACAGAGUGCAUCUUGCGUGGACUUUGGCAACACGUGACGUUUGGAGUCGUCCCGGUAGUGAGUGGUGAGUUGGAGCAGCUGCUGAGACUGGCAGAAAAGGCGGAUUUGUCCAUGUUGUCCGAGAAUGACAGGCAGGAGCUUUCGAUGUUCUGUUGUAUCUUCGCCGAAAAGACUGCCGAGAUCGCUCGACUCGGAGAGCAAUUCGAAGAGAAACGGGAUGUUGCUGCCGCGCUGCUUUGCUUGGACAACUAUUUCCGCUCACCGCCCAAGAUACAAGUGCUCAGCGCUCGAGACGUGUCUGAGCAGCUGCGCUUGUUCGGCUGCUACAUGCGUGUUCUCAAUUGGGUGACCUGGACCGAUCCGUGUUCAUAUCCAGAGAUCGGCAAGUUGUUUGGGUUCACGCGUGCUGGAGAAAACAGCUUCGUUCUGCGUGCGAGCACUUGGCUGAACCCGCACCCUACCGAUGAUUCCAUGGUCAACAGCGCGGAGUUGCGGAUGUUAUUCCAGAACAAGAUCAAGCCGCGACUUCAGGGUUGUUUCGUCACCGAAAACGAGGUCUGUAUGAGGAGGACACGGGCGUUUUCUCCGUGUUUGUUGUAUGCGCUGUUCGAUGGGACGUGCAACCGCGUAGACUGUCCGAACGAGCACCUUGCUAGGUCUCAGAUUGACGAGGAACAGUAUAUGUAUCGGGUGCGGAUCUGUAUGCAGCAGAUUGUGAUCGUGGGGACGGUGCAGUUCGCAGUGAACGACUCGUCGAUCAAGCGCCACUGGAUCCAGCAGCUCUACUCUACACUGUAUCCCUCCGACUAUCGGCUCGGCUCAGUCUCGCGCCUUGAUCUGACCCAGAUUCCGGAAUCUGAACAAGCGCUGCAGACGGUGAAGGAAUGGAUUCGAGCCUGGGUAUACGAACUGUCGUUCAAACCCGGGGCUAGAUUCCUUUCGGACUUGGCAAUGGUGGCUCGGAUGGCUUUCCAGCUCGAUCCCGGGGGCGCAAUGACGUAUCUGACGAUGAGCCCAGUGAUGCAGCUGCAGCCGGACAUGUACAAGCGCCGCAGUGGACGGGACGAAAACUAUGUGGUCGGGGAGUUUUUCGCGCACUGUGAAGGGCGGGAGAAAAGUUGUAUUCCCAUGGGGAUCAUGUUCGUCCGUCAUAUCUUGACGAACGAGCUCCCGAUCCAGAUUAGCGUGCUUUGCGACUUGCUCGAGUACUUGUGCACGCGCAUCGUCGUCGCCGACCGGAUGGCUCGUGGUUCCCCGCAUAACCUCACCCUGCCACUCAGUUGGCUGUCGAAUUGGCGGAGCGUUGUCGGAGAGGGAAAACGUGUGAUCAGUGCUUCCGACCUGUUCACGCAGAGCCUAGUCACGCUGCUGACUUGCCUUUACUACGGCGAGCGUGCGGAACAUCUCUUAUACGAGAAUCGGCAUCUUGGGAUGUUGGGCUGGAGGCAUCGGGAUGUGUUUCUCUCUCGGAUCUGUCGCUGCUACAGUUUGCUUGCGUAUAACAUGCCUAAUCGAAGGCUCCAGUAUGACACGAGCAGGAGGAUCUCACUGGGACGCUCGGAUCCCAGCUACAGGAAGAUGACAAUGUCGCAUGGGUAUCUGAUCGCUGAGAACUGGCGGGCUACGGUGAAAGCGCUCCGCCGCUCGACGGCUGAUUCGCCUCUAGACGAGCUGGUCCUGCUGUACAGUGCUGACUCUCCACCGCCUCGACCGAUUCGCAACGUUCGUCCGAUUGUUUUCCAGACUAUCGAUGACAUUCCUCGACUUCUCGGUUCCCGAGAAGUUCGCGUUGAGGCCAAGCCGGACACCACCGCCAUCGAGGUUCUCAUUCCAGAGGAGGAUGAAGAAGAGGAGGAGCUGAUCGAAGGAGACUCUGUGUUGCUGCCUGAGAGCAGUGCUGCAGCAGCUGUCCCUGAGGAGGUGGUGAUUCCCACAAUCGAAGCCGUGCAGAGGACGGAGGAGGAGAUCCACAAGGCUGUCGUGAUUCAGCGGGCGUUCCGACAGAUGUUAGCCAGAAAGCAAGCUGUCGCAAAGCAGGCGACGCUGGCUGCUGGCUGCUCGGCCUGGUUCGAGGCGUGUCUCAAAGUAGCGCCCGCGGACAAGGUCAAAUAUCGGGUGCGCUUCCUCGGGCCGCUGCCGCAUCUGCUCCUUUGCCUGGAGGAUGUAUCGGCGACUAUACAGGAACAGAAGAACCGGGUCAAGAAGGGGCUGAAGGAUGCAAGGCAUGAGCGCUUGGAGGAAUUGGAUGGGCAUUUGACGAGGAUCACUCAAGCGUUGAAGCGGAUCAAGCGCACGCAGAAGCAGCUGUCACCGACGUCACCGAUGCACGACGCGCAGGACGUUGGGCAGCUCAAGAAAGCCGUGAACGAGGCGGUCGAGCUCGUGCGUGAGUUGGCUGAAACAUGGACGUUGUCGGAGGGUGUGAUGGAUGUGCAUUUGGAGAGAGCGUAUAAGGGGAUUGUGCAGCCGAGAAUUGUGAAGCCAAAGAAGAAACCAGAGUUGAAUCUGGACGAGGAAGAUCUAUUGUAUCUCUUGUAAUCUUGUACACAAAGGCAGGUUUUCGUAUCUUGACUGAGAUGCAGGACCGGAAUGCGUCUGGUCCAAACGACGGCGACAGCCAUACUCUGGGAGAUGGAAUCGAAAUGGGUGACAAAAAGAGAGCCGAGUGAAGUAAGACGAACUUUGCCGGGUGUCUAAUAAGAUCAAGAGACGAGCGACCAAGCUUUCGCCGUCUCCAGGCCCGCAUUGGAUGUGCCGUUGAUUCCAGUAGCACUGAUCGUGAAGUCAAUUGUCCGUCGUGAAGUCAGUCGCCCACAACUCUAGAUGGGGCAAGGACUCAUUAGUGGCACGGCACAGCGAACCAAUGGGGAAUAUAUUGGUCCGUUUCCUGCCUCCCACUGACUCCUGGAAACGAACUAGCACCUUCGAUGGCUCGGAAGACUCGGGUAUGACUUCAGCAUAUCUGCCAAUAUCUGCGUCUUGCUUGCCGCAGUCGAUUCCGAUCACAAUCACCCGACCUCGGACAGUGUUGAUGCACUGACCAUCGGGCACUGUCCUCACUGGCUCCAGACAUUCAGCUGGCACAUAAGCGUUAUCGUAGCCGCCCAGCCGGAUCAGCACAAAUUUCUGCAUAAAAAGGCGUCAAUUCCAGGGCAUGCUUUGAGAGGGGACUACAAGCCCUGUCUUGCCAGCAUGUUGGAAUGUCUUCUUCUUGAAAGCAUUAAGAGGGCGGCUGUUUUUGCCCUUCAAUCGCUCCUUUUCCUUGUCUCUGGCAUUCUCGAUCUCUGCCACUGAUUUCACUCUAACGUCGACGCGCUUGCCCAUCAAGUCUGGAUGCGCAAGCCACAGAUCAUCAUGCUCAAAAACGUCUUACAGUUAAAUCAGAGAUCUCUCUGGAUUCUGCUCUUGACAGACCCACCUGUUGGCUUAUCGGACAACGAUGAUCCCUUGGGCGUCUCAUAGUUUCCUUCCACGCUCUCAUCUGGGGGCGGAAUUACCUCUCGAUGUGGAUUUCUGAUGCGGUGGAGCAGGUCGUCGUAGAACGUGUCCGGUUGUGAGUCCUGUACAGUUCUGCGACGAGGAUCAGCGAAGCAAGCCGCAUGCACGAAGAACAUACUGAAUCUCGACCACCUGGUCCAAUUCCACGUAAGCCUUGGCGCCAACGUCCAGAUUUAAAGUGAGCUCGACGACACGCUCCCGCGCAGAUUCCUGCCCGACAGUAGGCUUCUUGGGUCGAUCAAUGUGCCGAUAGCCAACAACAAGUCCAAUAUGCCCCUCGUGGGCAUGUUUGCCGGUGAUCAUGAAGCGCCGGCCCGUGAAACCGAACCUAGAUUCCAUGAGGUGUCGUUGGGCUUUGCUUGUUGGUAUCCGGUCGUGUCGGGUGCAAGCAGCGCAAUGGCCCAAGAGGGAUAACAGAAGAGGGACAGCAGCCCACGCAUAGAUGUGACGCCAAUGGUCACAUCACUCCUCAAUGGAGGACUUCAACCACCACAUCGCCAUAAAGCUGUCCAGGGCACUUAACACAAUCAACCCGAACGAUUUAUUGGCCCGUAGUGUCACUGAGAUAGCCAAGUCCAAUUCGGUGGAGGACUUCAUCAAAGCGGCGCGAGCUUUCGGCAAGUUUCAGGACCAUUUCUUAGCUGAGAUCCAUGCCGAGAUCUUGUCGCAUGAAAAGCAGGAAGCGACCGGCCUCGUACCGCGACCAGUGGAGGGGAUUACCGUGCAUGACUCUGAGGUGCUGGAACCCGCGCCGGCACGGCCUGGCGGGCUCAUGCGGCCAGAUCAGCGACACACUUUCCGCCAACCUGCCAAACCACUGGAGCCGCCCACCCCCCGUGCUUCCGUCCUCGGUCUCGACCGACUCGCGCAGGAGAAGAGAGCAGCCGCAGCAGCUGAGGAGGGGAGCAGGAAACGGCCUCGAUUGGAUGACUCCGAGCCUGUUUUCAAGGUGCCGAGCCUGCCCGUAUCACGAUCCAGCAACCAGCGGCAUCGAGGCGAAGAAACUCCCUCCCAUCCCGGUGGUCUGUCAGAGGUCGCGCGAAAAAGGUUGGAGGAGCACAGACGGAGUCGAGAAAAGCAACGAGAGGGUAUCUCCGCUGCAAACGAACGUCGGGAGGACGAGCCAAAGGGUCUAGGCGACUUCCAACGGCGGUCCAACCGUGACCGCGACCGAGGCUGGAGCCAACGAGGUGAUAGGAACAACGGCCGCAGCUGGGAUAGCACGCCGCGUUCUGUUAGAGGUGGGAAUGGAGAUGCUCCGAGUGUGCGAGUGCCCAACGUUGGGUGGGACUCGACCCCCCGCAGAGCCGGGGAUUCAGAACCCGGUCGAGGAACUGCCAACCGCCGUUGGGACGCCCCCACUCCCAGGAACGUCCGCGCCGGCAGUCCAGAGUCUGCUAUCGGUCUCGAUGCUCGGGAGUGGGAGGAAGAACAAAUUCGUUUAGAUCGUGAUUGGUAUUCCGGCGCCGAGGAGGGUGGGAUUGCUGGUGACGAAGAGCAUAAUCCAUUGGCUCAAUAUGAGGAUUUGAGUGCCCUCAAAACGGCAGAAAUUGCGCAGAAACAAGUGAAAAAAAUCUCUGCCAAACAAGCUCAAUAUAAUGCCGACAACGACCUCUGGGAGUCUAACCGAAUGGUGACAUCCGGAAUAGCCACUCGCAAAGGUGUGGACAUGGACUUUGAGGACGAGUCUGAGUCCACAGUGCAUGUGCUCGUUCAUGAUCUGAAACCUCCUUUCCUUGACGGGCGGACUGUGUUCACGAAGCAACUCGCUCCCAUCAAUCCCAUCCGAGAUCCCACGAGCGAUAUGGCCGUGUUCUCCCGCAAGGGAAGUGCGUUGGUGAAAGAGAAGCGGGAGCAAGCGGAACGAGCUAAGGCUGCAGCAAAGCUCGCCGCGCUCGGAGGAACAGCGCUGGGCAAUAUCAUGGGGGUGAAAGACGAGGAAGCUGACGCCCAAGCUGAAGAAGAGCGGAAAGAAAAGGAGCGCAAGGCAACCGGGCAGACGGAUGACUACAAGGGCGACUCCAAGUUUGCCUCGCAUCUCAAGGCAUCGACGGGUGUCAGCAGUUUCGCGAAGAGCAGGACACUCAAACAGCAGCGCGAGUACCUGCCGGCGUUCGCCAGCCGGGAAGAGCUGCUCAAAGUUAUUCGGGAGAACCAAGUGAUUGUGGUCAUCGGGGAAACGGGGUCUGGAAAGACUACGCAGCUGGCUCAGUUCUUGUACGAGGAUGGGUACUGUCAGCACGGUCUCGUGGGAUGCACACAGCCUCGGCGUGUGGCUGCCAUGUCUGUCGCCAAGCGAGUCAGCGAGGAGAUGGAGUGCAAGCUGGGCUCGACUGUCGGCUAUGCGAUCCGGUUCGAAGACUGCACGUCCGCGGAAACCAAGAUCAAGUACAUGACCGACGGUGUACUCUUGCGUGAAUCUCUGAACGAGGGCGAUCUGGAUCGGUACACCGUCAUUAUCCUGGACGAAGCGCACGAGCGUUCACUCAACACCGAUGUCCUGAUGGGGCUGCUCAAGAAGAUUUUGUCUCGACGUCGAGAUCUCAAGCUCAUCGUGACUUCAGCAACGAUGAACGCAGACAAGUUUUCGUCGUUCUACGGCAACGCGCCUACUUACACGAUUCCCGGACGAGCCUUCCCUGUCGAGACCUUCCACUCGAAAUCUCCGUGUGAAGACUAUGUCGACAGUGCUGUGAAGCAGGUGCUUCAAAUUCAUUUGUCGCUUCCAGCCGGGGAUGUUCUAGUUUUCAUGACAGGACAAGAAGACAUUGAGGUUACUUGUCAGGUCAUCAACGAGCGAGUGGCUCAGUUGAACGAGCCGGCGCCGAUUGCGGUGCUGCCAAUCUACUCGCAGAUGCCGGCGGAUCUGCAGGCCAAGAUCUUCGACGCGACGAGCGAUGGGCGGCGCAAAGUGAUUGUGGCUACCAACAUCGCCGAGACGUCAUUGACAGUCGACGGUAUCUUGUAUGUCGUCGACGCGGGGUACUCGAAGCUCAAGGUGUACAAUCCCAAAGUGGGAAUGGACGCGCUCCAGAUCACGCCGAUCAGCCAGGCCAAUGCGACACAGCGGACGGGGCGAGCGGGGAGAACCGGCAGCGGAUUUUGCUAUCGGCUGUAUACGGAGAUGGCCUUCCGGAAUGAGCUGUUUGAGAGUACGAUCCCGGAGAUCCAACGGACGAAUCUUGCCAACACGGUGCUGCUGCUCAAGGGCCUGGGCGUGAAGAACCUGCUCGAGUUCGAUUUCAUGGAUCCGCCUCCACAGUCGAACAUCCUCAACUCGAUGUACCAGCUGUGGGUGCUCGGUGCGCUCGACAAUGUCGGGGAUCUGACUUCGGUCGGACGGAAGAUGAACGAGUUCCCGAUGGAGCCGAGCAUGGCCAAGAUGCUGAUUGCGUCGGUCGGGUAUCGCUGCUCGUCGGAGAUGCUGACGAUCGUGUCGAUGCUGUCCGUGCCGAGCGUGUUCUACCGGCCGAAGGAGAGGAUGGAGGAGGCAGAUGCUGCGAGGGAGAAGUUCAAUGUUCCCGAGAGCGACCAUCUGACGCUGCUGAAUGUGUUCAACCAGUGGAAGAGCCAUAGCUUCCGCGACGAAUGGGCGAUGCGGCAUUUCCUGCAUCCCAAGCUGCUGCGCAAGGCGCGUGAGGUGCGGGUGCAGCUGGAGGACAUCAUGAAGUUCCAGAAGAUGGAGAUCAUCUCUGCGGGGACGGACUUUGAUGUGCUGCGCAAGGCGAUCGCGGCGGGGUACUUCCACCAGGCGGCGCGCGCCAAGGGAAUCGGGGAGUUUGUGAACAUCCGGUCUGGGCUGCCGACGCAUCUGCAUCCGACCAGUGCACUUUACGGGCUUGGAUACACGCCUCCCUACGUGAUUUAUCACGAGCUGAUCCUGACGUCGAAGGAGUACAUGACUCAGGUGACCGCGAUUGAUCCAUACUGGCUGGCUGAGCUUGGAUCUGUCUUCUACUCGGUCAAGGAAAAGAACUUUGACGAACGAGGGAACCGGCGACAGGCCGAUCGCGAGUUCUCAAAGCGGGCUGAGAUCGAGACUGAGAUGGCGCGGCAGAGGGAAGAAACCGCACAGAAAGCGGCGGAUGCGGAGCUGGCUGCGCAGACGAGCAGCAACAGCAGCUCCCGAGUCAUCGUGCCUGGGACACCGCGGCAUGCGGGGAACGGCGCUGGUGGGCGAGUCGGACAGACGCCCAGGCGGAUACUGGGUCUCUGAGAGGAGAAUUGGCCUUGCAUCCGACAAUUCCACAACUCCCUGCUCAGACCGAAUGGAUAGACAAGGACAUUGUGUGAGGAACCAUGAGCCCUCUCGCCCGAAUGACCCGGACUGAAACCGGAGAAGGCUCAGAG